AUGAAAAAGAGUGUUCGAGGUGAGAAUUACAUGGGAGACGAAGUUAAGAAGGUGUUCAGCAAGUUCGACGCAAAUGGAGAUGGCAAAAUUGAUUUAUCAGAGCUCGGAUCCAUUUUACAGGCACUUGGUACCAAUGUGGCUCCUGAUGAACUUAAGCGUAUAAUGUCGGAAAUCGACACUGAUGGCGAUGGAGUCAUUGAUCUCAAGGAGUUUUCGGAUUUUCACCUUGGAGGUUCUGAUGACGGCGCUAAUAAGGAUCUAAGGGAAGCCUUUGAGCUUUAUGACCGCGACAAGAAUGGCUUGAUCUCCGCGAGUGAGCUGCAUGUUGUGUUGAAGAGCCUGGGAGAGAAGUGCUCGCUGAAGGAUUGCCGGAAGAUGAUUAGGUCUGUUGAUGUUGAUGGUGAUGGUAAUGUUAAUUUCGAGGAGUUUAAAAAGAUGAUGAACAAAUCAUAGUAUGAUUUUCGAUCUUAAUUAUGUGUAAAUUGCUUGUGAUCAUUUAAUUUACUUCCAAGUAGUCAUAUGUUUAGAUCA